GAAGAGACUCCAUUCGGGACUUGUUGUUAUUAUCCUGAGCUAACCCAAGAAAGCCACCUGUUUUAAACCCUAAACGUCAACAUGUCUUCAGACUUUGAAGCCUACGAGCAGGACUUUGGAACCAUUACAGCAGAAGUAACGAACAAAAUUGGCAGAAUCCCCAAACUAAGUGGAGAGGAGAAGACGCAGCUGGUUCUAAAUGUCGACAAACAGCUUGAAGAAGUCAGAGAGUUGCUGGAGCAGAUGGACCUGGAGGCGCGUGAGAUCCCCAUCCAGAGCCGAGCCAUGUACAACAGCCGACUGAAGAGCUACAAGCAAGAGAUAGAGAAGCUCGAGAAAGACUUCAAAAGGUCACGUAUCGCCUACAGUGAUGAGGUGCGCAACGAUCUCCUGGGGGAUGACGCCAGCUCCUCGGAGAACCAGUUGAUAAAGUUACGUGAAGAGAGAGCGCAUCUGUUGGACAACACAGAGAAGCUGGAAAGGUCAUCACGGAGACUGGAGGCCGGCUACCAGAUAGCAGUAGAAACCGAACAAGUGGGUCAGGAGAUUCUCUCCAACCUGAACAGUGACCGUGAGAAGAUCCAAAGAGCCAGAGAGAGGCUGAGAGAAACGGAUGCCAACCUGGGCAAGAGUUCUCGCAUCCUUACUGGCAUGCUGAGAAGGUAAGAGGCAGGUACGCACCUCGUUUCUGCACCUCUCUGUAUGUACCAUGCUUUGACUGUGCCGUGAGCUCGCUCCAUGUCAUCACCGGCCGAUUUAAGUUUAUUAUUAAACGAUCCAUCUUUCUAUUUAUGAUGAGUUGCAGUUGGCCACAUUGCUUUGAUUUUCCAGAGAACACAGGUGGGGAUGGAUAAACAAACAGAAGAACAUGUCAAUGAAUGGAUGAAUGAACACACUAUUUGUAUUUGUAUAAAGAAAUACUAAAAAACACUUACUGUACAUUUGAUCGAACAAACUGUGUGAAUGGCUGUUCUGUUACACGCAGUGGUAUUGGUGUUAAGUUCCAGUAAAAUGCUGGAGAAGACGAGUACACACUGUGCAUGUCUCCAUUCUUUUCUUCUCUGUGCCUUUUGUUUUUCACAAAAUGCACUAAACAACCCAUGUCCAACUUGCAGUCUUUGUCUCGCUCGCCUGCUAGUUCAUGCACGAGGCAUCCCCCAACAAUCGCACAAACACAAGCAUUCACACGCAAAUAUUUCAAUAGUCCUUGGAUUAUCUUAUGCAACCGCCACCUUACACACACACACACGUGAACAGUCUCGCACGCACGGACACACACAUCUCCAUUUUAUAAAGUGCCUGUGUGCCUACCCCUGAACCGUGACGCCACGGUUUUGUUUCUCGCUCCCUCUUUCUUGUUUUUUUUCUCUCUCCCUGUCGCCCACUGUGGAUUUUGAUUAAGAGUAAUAUGUAAAUGACACCGACUAAAUGUAAAAUCCUGGGGCCAGGAAGGAAGUGUCAAUUGAAAUAGAUGCUUCAGUGCCCGUAGACAAUUUGGAGGGCGGCUCACAGGGCGGCCGGCAGUUACUAGAGAGGGAAGGCCUGAGAAGGGCUGUGACGCCGACUGUAACCAAUAUUUCUGCAUAUGUCUCCAUUUUGUCAAGUCUGAUUAUGGGAAGAGGAGGAGGAUCGCGGUGGGGGGGUGGGGGUGGGUCAGCUCGCCUGGCACGUCACCCGAAGCUGUCCAGAAAUCAUUCAUCAUUCCCUCCUCCUUGCCUCUUUUCUUCCCUCCACCCCCUUCUGGUGCUGAAGUAAAUAACACACUUAUUUCAAUAUUAUCAUAUUAAUUUUAAAGUUCAGCUGUCACCUAAUGGGAAGACUUAAUCAGACGUAGCAUUUUAGGAGGCAAGCUGCCCCCCACCCCUCCCCCCCCCACCCCUCCGACUCUCCAGCCUCCUCUCUUGACGUGUCUUUCCUCCUCUGGUUAGCGCCCCGCUCAAAUCAGGAUUUAUGAGGGCCCUCCAAAGUGGGGCCCGGCGGCGAGCAUCUUCCACUUCUGCCCGCCUUUCUGCUUGAUGGGAGCAGCGCAACAUCCCCCCCUCCCCUCCCCCCCAUCAUUCUUUGACAAAAAGUAUUUUCUUUCUUUUCGUUUCUUUGCUGUUUGAACAAAAGGAAGCGUGUUUUGUUGUAAGUUUAUGGGCUGGAAACGUCAAAUCUGAAGUCAUUUAUAACCAGAGCUGGAGAACUGAGAGCGAAAAGUAAAUUCUGGAUGGUUCAAUGAUAUUUCACCCCCCCCCCAUCCCCUUUUAGGCAAUUUGUCCUCAUUUCCCCAUUCAUUUCACUAUUUGCUCCCCCAGUUUUCUGCCUUUUGAUUAAUUGUGUAUUUGUGUGCGAUGUCAGAGCAUUUGUAGUUUCUUUACACUGAUGGUUUUGGUUUGGGGGUAGUUACUCUGUCAUUCUCCACUUGUUUGUCUCGGCUAUAGAAGUAGUUUAUUUCUUUAGGUAACAGGAGUAGAGGACUUUUACGAAUAGGUGAGUAAGUGAAGUAGACCUAACCUGUUGCACUUAUGACACAAACCUGAUAUGGACACAGACACUCGUACUCGGGUUUAUAUUCCAUCUUUUUGUUAUAAUAAGCUAAAUGUAAAAGCCUCUACAAUCAUUUUGUCCAGGCAAAGAGCUGUGAAAGAUUGAUUUACAUCAAUAACAGAGAGAUUUAGCAUUGUUUUCCUUAUACUGCGAUAGUAGCAGAUGCAUAAAUACUGCAGCGAUUUUAAGUUAAUUAUAAUCAGUCAACACGUUGGCCUUCAUCAGUGGUGAGACAAAUAGAUCCACGGGAUAAUUGGUGUCCUUUUUCCACUGUUGGUGUAGCAUUUUUUUUAACACCUCUUCUUGAAGUGUCCUUAUGGUCUCAGGGUUUCACCCCAGCUGAAAAACAAUUAGACACUCAUUACGCUAGCUGUCAGAGUUCAAGAAAGCCAAUUAACUGAAAGACUUUGUGAAUAUCACUUAUUGUAAGAAACAUUCAGAAGCACACACACAUCUCCAAUAGCUGUUGCUUUGUUUGAAAAUGAAUCUAACAAAUGUCUGUCUGUGAAACUCAUCACUGCUAAGGAGGGUAGUUAGUAUAACGCACUGUAUAGGUGCUUUUCUGUUGGCUGGGUCAUGAUGACGAGUCUUCCUCUGUCUCAUGUCACGUCUUCAUUUACUCAGUGGAUGUUAGUGGUCUAGUGGUGGGCAUCCAGGGCAUCCACUUUUAGUUAAUUUUUAAUUCAAUUUUCUGAAAUCCUUUGGGUUUUAAUUAUAACGUGACAGGCACAGUGAUCCUAAUGAGGCAGAGAGGCAAACCUGAUAUCUUAUUAAUAUCUAUGAUCAUCAAAAGAUCUAUUAUCAUUUCAUUUACUUCCUGUUGAGCGUUACCUCCACAACCUUUGCACCGCAAAGAAAAUAUCUUUUUACAACUUUGAUUGGUUGCAUUUCUUAUUGAAAAAAAAUACUGAAAUACUUGGUGAUUUAGGUAAAUCCAAUGUAAAAUAUUACAUCAGCAUCUAAUCCAGGUAGUGGUUUUAGAUUUUAAUCCUUGUUGCCAUCAAGCAAUACCAUCUCAAAUUGCUUCAUACAGACAAAUUUCCCCCUGGGAAUGAAUAAAGUAUAUAUCUAUCUGUUUGUUGACAGUGAAUAAAACACAGAUUUAUUCGGGUCUGAAAUUGACCUAAUUUGUAAAAUUAGACCAGCAGCGGGCUUGUCUUUUAUCAACCGAGGCUUUAAGUGGGUCUGUAAAAUAAACACCUCAAAACACCACAAACUUGAGCGAGCAUUUAAUCCCCACAGGCUGAAUUAUUCUCUCUCAUUACUCUCUUGUGUCGUAGGAUUUAUGGAUGUAAACUUUGUUUCGUGGAUUUCCCUUCAAACUAAUUGGUCUUCAUCAUCCACCCAAUUCAAAGUGUGAUUUUCCAGUUUGAUAGAUGUAUGGCUUUGGUACAGUCUGCAUUGCGACGGGUUACAGCUCACAGCGUGGACCACUAUCCCCGAUUAAAGAAGCCACAGACCUUUUGAUAAGGCAUCUGUUGUUUACAAGGCGUAAUGACACUAUGGCCUCUCGUAAAUGGCCCUGUGACUGUGGCGUGAGCCUUCCUGCUGCUAUACUGAAACAUCUCAAGCACCUCACACACCACGGUCGGAUCAGUUGGGAGUGGGAUGCGGCUCCAGACCCAGUUAGGACCACUUGGGCUCCUGGCAGCUUCACGGAAGGAGGGGGCACAGUGAAGGGCAAUGAAGCCGGACGAAGAGGGGGGAGGAUGUAUAUUUUGAAGCAGAGGGGUUGUCUACUCUCGCUGGCAGCUGAUCCCACAUGCAGGUGGUCGACUCAGUCGCCAGGCAGAUCAAAAAGUCAAGGCCCCGGGUGGACCUCCCUUUGAAAUGGGAAUGGGGCCUAGAUAUCAGACAGAAAACAUAAGCAAGCUCCCAGCCACAGAACAGCUCCAUAUUCAUGGCUGGGACUGGCAGUAGCGAUGGGCAGGCAAGACGGACAGAGCCUCAGCCUUCAGAAGAGGACUCAUGCACACUCUGGACACUGAUUAAGAGAUCAGCCCAUGAGCCAGGGAUGAGGAUGAUGCAGUCGCUCACAAGUGGAUGCAGCCGCACUGUUACCAAGACACCAACUUCCUUUCUUGAAACGUGUCUCGACAAGCUGUCUUAAUGUGCAGCCCAGUUAAUUUCUUUGAUUUUCCCCUGCAGGUACCUCUGGCAAGUUGAGUGCCAGAGGUACCUGCAAAUAAGAACAAGCCCCUGAGUUAUGCCAUUUAUCAUUUACUUAAAUGAAAAUUAAACCCGUUUCAUAUGACUAAUUGGCAGUAUGUACAACUCAUCCUUGCCUGUAGGAAAAUCAAAAGUUUCCUGCCUGCGUUAUUCACAGGAAACUGGAAGGUUUUUUUGCCUUGUUUGCUCGGCCCAAUAAACACCCACGCGAACAAUGUCAUGAGCCGAGAGACCUUAGUGCAUGGCCCCCCAAUAAAACAUCUGGAGACGGAAACCUUUGAUAAGAUCUGUAAGUUUUGCCUUUAUCCUGUGCUAUUGGCAAAUAUAUAAUCUCUCUCGCUCUAUCCAUCUGUCUGGAAUAUUAACUACUGGGAUAUAUGUAGGUCACAUAAUUAAUGGCAUUCAACUCUACCACUGAGCUGUGGUGGGAUCGGAGUCUCGGGGCCCUCUUGAUGUCUCGUUAUGAAGUUGAACAAAAAGAUUCAAUUUUUUUUUUAAUUGAAGCUGAAAGAUGUGGAAGAUUGUAGUUCAGAUGUUUUGCUGUUUUUUUUUUCUUUUAAUUUAUUUAUUUGUGUUGCCCUUUUUUUUUAGGCUGCGAAGAGCAAUAUAAAAACAUAAUUACAAUGUUGUGGGGUCAGGAGAGUCACCCCAGUGGAGCACUGGCAGGCUUUCUGGCUCUGUGCUCUAUCAUUAUACCUACCUAUACAUUUACAAUCCUACACAUUCCUAUAUUUCUUCUUAUUCUGUGUUUCACCACAACACUGGAGCCAUAUCUUUGACAUUGUGUAAGACAUGUCCUAUUUUGCGUUCUAUUUUACUUUUGUGCUACAGCUGAACUCAUCUCAGUAGCCAUCGCCGAGCUUCGUGUUUUCUGUCCCGAGAGUGGCAGAUCACUCCCAGUGGAUCCCGCUCUCUCUGAUCUCCUCUCCAUGUUGCUGCCACGAUAAUUCCAUGUACUACGUUUAAACACAUUCCCUUUGCUUUGCAAUUUGUUCAGCCUGGCGUCACAACCACCCCCCCCCACCCCCAUCCCUCUGGGUCAGUCCUAUCCCUGGCCUUUUCUGACCCCUCCAGGGAAGCAUUCUGUGCUUUUCAUGUCCAGUCUGUUUUUAUUCUGGCAAAGGAGCAAAGUGCCAAAGCAUGAAUCGUAUCUGACCUCACUGCAACCCCUUGCUAAACUUUAUACACAUCAAGUUGAGCGCAGCUGUUGUGUGCAUGUGCGUGUAUGCAUAUUAUGGGUAUGUUCAGUGGAUUAAAGGUAGCGUGUCAGCCUGGAAAGGUGUUUGCUACCGUUGGCAGGCAAGCAAGUAGUACAGGAAGACCUUUCUGGUCAUUAAGGCCCAUCUCUUAUUGAGGGGGGAAACAAUAAUAAUACAUACAUUUAUAAUUCAACUUCUUUAUUUGGAUCAAGUUAAGUCACUUUCCUGUUUUGAAUGUCAGAUAAGUGUCUUGUUUGGAGAUACUUUUUAAUGUCUGUGUGUGUGUGUGUGUGUGUGUGUGUCUGUGGCUACAGGCUGCUGCUGGGAGAAUGACAGGGUGCGCCUCAGCCUCAUUACUCACUGCUCCUGAGCCAAACAAGCACCACUGCCACCCCUCUCUCGCUCUCUCUCGCUCUCUCUCUCGCUCUCCCUCCUGCUUUAUCUCUGUCUUUUUCUCUCUUUCUCCACCUCGCCCAUUAGAGAGUGCUGAUGGGACGUUUUUUGCAGAAAGGAAAAAAUACACACACACACACACACAGAACCCUGGGUUGUAUAGAAGAAGGGGUUGUUGACAAGGGCAAAGACGUGUUGUUGUUUUAUAUAAGGGAUGCAUUUGUCUGGUGAGGAUUGACUCGCUUAACUGGCUGCCAAAGCCCCCUUUUUCUUCCUACAUGUCUCCCUCUCUCUAUUAUCCAGCCUAUACCGGGCUUCUGUUUUUUGAUAGGUCGGGACACAGAUAAAAUUUAAUUAUUCCAAACAUGGCGGUGAAGAAAUUCUUUAUGUUUUUAAAAAAAAACAGUUGUAGACAGACAGCUAGCUUUACAGAUAGUAAAUUGUGAAUACUCUCAAUUCAUUUUAAGGUAGAAGGCAUUUGCAAUGAAAGCACAACAAGCAAAAACUAUGGUAAAAUAUUGAGUGAAACUGCUAUAUCAGCACAAUCUAGUCCCAGAUAUGGACAUCAAGGCUGAACUUAAGCAUUCCAACAAAAAAACAACACUCUUUGCACGAUUACUUCUCCAAAUGCUCGAGGGUCAGCCAUCCAUGCCGUUGAGGUGAUGCUCCGUUCGACCUCGCUCAUAGCAUCCCAGUUGAUGGAGCUUCUUUUUUCCCCCUUGCUUUAACCCUGACAGACUGUCGUUCUGACGAGAUGACUGGAGAUCAGUGGCGCUCUCAUCCCUUGAAGUGGCUCCAGGUGUCACUCCAAGGGUACCCGCCCUGUUUGAUCUGCCGUCGAGCGCCUGUCGGGCUACGGCACCCUCUGAUUUCCCGGUCAGAGGGGAAAGAGGCUCUCCUUUCCAAAAGUUCUACAGCUACUUUUGAGUGACAGCUAGGGAGAGUGCUUGGUGGCUAAAACCGCAGCCAUAAGUGUUUCCUGUCAUUAUUUCCUAACUCCCAGUUUGCAGCUAUAGGGAACCCUCCUCACACACCCCCUCAUGGGAGCAUUGUAUAGAGGUGAUCUUGAUGUUAUAUGCUAGGUCCCAGCAGUCCAAACAACAGAAAAGGAAACAAAAUAAACAUCAGAGGAAGCCAAACCAUUUUCACUGAUCAUGCUGUGCGCCUUGUCUUAAGAAGAACAAAAAGAAUCCUCUCAAACAUCUUCAGAUGCUGUCCAACGGAGGUCCCUGUCUUCACUGAGGAGUCGCACAAACAAAAAGGACAGAUGAAACAAAAUGGAGGAACGGAGGUAUAUAGCUUUUCAGUACACAUAGAUGCCUCUAUCCUUCCUCUCUUUCAUUUUAUUAUAUCCGUUACAUUUUUUUUCCCCACCUACUGUGAGCUUCUUCAGAAAUUACAGGUGAGAUCUCAGUCUGUGGCAGGGCCUGCCUUUCGUCUAGAGGGAGCAGGGGGAAGGGUGUGGGGUUUGAGGGGAGGGAGGGAGGGAGGAAAGACUGAGGAGGAGAGGAAAAAGAGAUUCAUGCUUUGCAGUACUGCUGUGUUGUUUGUGGCACUCUUCCCUUUGUGUGUCUGGCGAUAACUUAUUCAGCACAGGGCCAUUCAUCCAGGGGUUGAGCGCGGGCGUCCGUCAAGACGGAAAAUAAUGAGGCGACAGUGGCGCAGAGGAUAGCUUUCUCCCUCUGCCUAGGUAGCCCCCUCCAACUCCUCCUCCCCUUCUCCAUCUCCUCCUCCUCCUCCUAGCCUCCCAUUAUCAGCCGAUUUAAAUAGAUAAUAGGGGGCCUUCUUCAGGACAUUUUGAAGCAAUUAGAACCUAUCACAUUGUCUCUUAUUUGACUGUUGUUCCCUCCCAGCAAGCCAUCGUGCAUACUUUUGGGCAUACUAUGCAACAGCUGCCUGGAAUAUUGUGGAAUGCCACAGCAUUACUGGAUGCCAGUAUUUGUGUCAAUGAGAAAAUGAGGCUAUUUUGUUCCCUAUAUCAUGCAAUAGACUCGGUAUCCAUAUGCGCAUGUCGGCCUCUAUUCCAUCUUGAGCCAUGCCAGGACAUGGGAUCCCUUUGCCAUGAUAAGUUGCUCUUGGGCAGCAUUGCUUGCCAAGAUAAAGUGGCUUGUGCCCAAAAACUUGCACUAUACAUACCUUCCCUGAACUUUCAGUCAGCUCUCAUUUUGAUUAUUUCCCUCACCAUCUUUGUACAGUUCAUUUUGUUGGCUAAAAACAUACAGUGGCACACACCAGUUGGAAAGGGAAGACCUCAGCCCCAUGUGCUCGUGAACUGCACUAUUCGAAAUUAUUACAGCUGAUAACUUAAUAGGGAAGCAUGUCCAAUAGGGUUCAAGAUUGUAGUUUGCGACUAUGUAUACUUUUUAUUCCCGACAAAGCUAUCCAAGUAGUUUUUCAAAACAGUGAUAGUCUCAACAAAUCUAAGUCAGCUGUCUAAAUCGUGUUUGCAUCAGGAUAGAUGGUUAAGUAUAGUUUUUGCUGUUAUUGUUGUUGCCCCUCAGAUCUCUCUUUGUCAGAGUGCAAGAGCUUGAAAUAUUUACAAAUGCUGAAUUUUGACUCGUUUUCUUCUUCUUUUUAAUAUUUUCUUCCAACCCAUCAAUCAUUUACUGCGCCUCUGUAUGUCUGUAUCUCAUCCGAACAGACCCCCAGGAUGGUGCAACGAAACAAAGGCAGUACACUGUUGCCAUGUUGUUGAUGGCAUAAAAGAUCCCCUUUAUCACAAUGGGCAAAACAAUAAAAAGAGGACCACUUUUCUUCAAGGAAGUGAAAAGGUUGUAAGGCAUUUGUAGGCAUCGGGAUUAAAGAGGAGCUCCUGUCAAAAUACUUAAACGGAGCAUUGGUCUCUUUUCGAAGCAAAAAGCCUAACCUUGAGUGCUUUUAUACUUGACACAAAAAUAUGAUUUUGAUUUUUUUCUAUACCAAAGGCUGGAAGGCAGAAGGACUGACCCCAUCACCCGACCCAUCCCAUACUUUGGUUUGGUGUUGCUUGCUGGGAAGGGCAUUUAGAAAACAAGGCUUUAAAAAUAUCUUAUUUGCCCAAUUCAAUCUCUGUCUGUUUACUAUUAAAUUAAAUCCAUCUUAUUUUCCCUCUUUUGGCGUAGGAAAUGAAUUCUUGGGUCAUCAAGUCAUUAUAUUUUAGGUCAAUAGUUUCAUUAUUCAAUAGUAGUAAAUAGUGAAAUUCCUUCUCACUUUUUGAAGCUAUAUACUUCUCUGCAUUGUAUCCAAUGCUAUGGAUAGACACUUCGUCUCAAAGAAUCUUUAAGUGGUUAAGUGAAUCACUACAAACUUUUGUUGUGCAUUGACUUUAGAAAAUGACUAAUACAUUCAAAGAAGCCAUCAUUUUAAACUGCUACUGCAGCCUGUAGACUGUAUGUCAUCCUUGCAACGCUAGCAGUCCAAGGCCUUCUUAUCAUGGUGAAAUAGAUGUAUGCAGCUACUGUUUGUUAUCCAUAGCCUCAUAGAUUGGGAGCAUUUCAAUUGCCUCUCAAUGGCUCUCAGCAUGGGCCCGACUGUAGUGGUUAGCUAACAGUGCUAACAGAGCAAACAGUCCAAACUAUGGCAAAAAAUGGUGACAGAGCUAACGGUGUUUACCUGAGGGGAAACUGGAGGUUGGAUGCUACUCUUCCCGUUGUCAGCUGUAACCGCCAUAUGACAUCAGUGCAGAGCAACGGCUCGGAGCUGGUCAAUGGGGCACGCUCACAUGCACGAACAUGCACCAAAAGCACACGUGCCAGCAAAGCAAGGAGGGGAUUGGAUAACAGCACAGACAGAGGGAGAGUGACUUCCUUUUCUGCUCAGGUACACUGAUAUCGUAUCGGCACUACUGUUGCUCCAAGUCUCUCUCUCUCUAGAUUCAUUUGUCCCAGCAUUCCAGUGAAAGCAUAGUCGGACAUCAGAUCACAAAGGUCCUCCCUCUUUUCAUAAUGGAUGCCUCAAACCAUCAUCUUUUGUAGCCAAAGUCGUAAGGACAAAGCAGAGUUAUGCCACAAAAGCCUGUAGAACCUUGAUCAGUGGAGAAAACCCCAGUGAGAUCCAAUGCCCAUAGCGUCCAUUUUUAGCCCAGAGACCAUAGGAAGUUUUCUAGAUGUUGUAUAAUUAGACGGUAUGCAGUUAAUCCUAAGGGACCGUUUGGCAGGCCCCGUCUUUCCACUCACAAAUUUUUCAAUGUAUAAUUGUCUUCAACUUCUCAGUCAUGGCUUUAAAAUGAUGCUUCUUAUUGCUAUAAAAAGUGUUGACAGUUACAGUCAACACUUCUUAUAAAGGGGUCAAAUGGACACAUAUACCUUGAUACGCUGAUGAUCUAGCAUCAUUGUGAAAAGAGAUUCUCUCAUGACAUACCCUGGCUGAGAAAUUUGAGUCAAGUGUAGUACACGUUAAAGCCCCUGGCCUGGCUUGGGUUUUGGGGAGUGAACCAGCCAUGCACGGCUGGUAAUGACAGGUUCCAUGUUGCCCGUGGCUUGUGGCCCACAGCACUGUUUGUUUGGAGAGUGGUGCUCGGCCGUGAAGUGCUGGCCCAGCUGGCAGCAGUUCCGUUGCCCCUUUGGCCCGAUGGCUGGGGCUUGUUUGGCCCACACCAGCCAGGCAGACUGGCAUCCAGGAGUCUGUGGAGUAAGAGGUGGGGGGGGUCUGACAGAGUAGAGGAGCUGUUGGCUGAGCACCCUAGUGCUAGGCCAGGCUUGUUGCCAACUGGAGAGAAGACUUCCCCACUCCCACCAGGAUCUUCACGUCUCUGUGGCGACAGGGAUCUUAGUUUGCACCUCAAGGGUCAACAUCAUCCCAUCGUGAUCUGUCUCAGCUUGAACAACCUUGCUCCCAGAACAGCACUGAAAACUUUGCAAAUAUACAUUUUGAUUUGCCCCCAUAUUGUAAUGUAACACAAAUAUAGUUUUUUACACACACGCAUGCAUACACUUUGCCUUCACAGUCCAAAAGUUCAGCUGCCCGUAUUGCAUCUGCCAAGGUUCUUGCAGCGGUGUGAAAAUGAAAAUGCUGACCUAUCAAGUCGUAUUCCCUUCACUCUCUGGAAUGUUAUUUUCAGGAUUAGUUCCUAUGUUACUGGCAAGAGGAAAAAUAAAUGAAUGCUAAUCACAGUUUACAAAAAACAAACAUUAACUCAUUUUAAAAAUGAAAUCAGCAAAAAGUCUUUUGAUAAAUAUUUUGAUUGUAUAACAAGAGGUUAUGAACUCUCAUAACUCUUUCAAUGUGCCAGGCACUGUAAGUUACAGCAGUUAAAGACUAUUGUACAUCAUGCAGCUGAUUUGAGCAACAAGCAUCACGACUGCUAUACAUGGCUCUUAUCUUAGUCUGCUAGGCACAAAGAUGACCCCCACAUAAAUAUUCUGUAAAUUCUAAACCAUCACUUGAAGCCCUGAAAACCAUUGCCUCUCAAAAUGUAGAGCCGCUUUGUUUAUUUUCUGAGUGUUUGCUAGGUCACAUGGACAUCCUGUCAGCCGUAGUGUAAACUUUAAACCCCAACCCUUAUUCUGAUGGCGCCAGGGCUAACAUUGCUUCAGUGUUAAAGGGAAGUUGUGAGGACAUUGAUGUCUUGGCCUAGCAUCCUAGUGUCACAUUCCCAGCCUGUUUGUGGAGCCCGCCAAUCUCCUCAUUCUCCUCAGCUGACCUGAAUGCAUCACCGAGUAUAACACACAUGUGAGGAGCCCGAUAUCCCAGCCAACAACAAAUGUUUUCCUACCGUUACCAUUGCAUUACUAUCGUACACAGCCUCCGUAUUUUGACCUGGCUCACACUGAGGCUCUGUCGGUUAGAUAUUUUGCAUGACUCUUCAGGCCAAGACUCUAUUUUAUUUAACAAGACGUCGAUGCACACCCAUCCCAUCUAAAAGUUUCCCUGUGGUAUAGUGUUUCAGAACAGACUUGACAUAAACCAUUUCUAAACACUGGUUUCCUUUUUACCAAUCUUUAAUUACAUCGUUUGGUAGAGGCCGAGGUACAGAGUUGAAGCAAAGCACCAUGUUAGCAAUGCGUAUAAUAGUGAGGGAUACCACAGCCAGAGGACAGUGGGUUGAGAAGAGGGAAAAUAUCGUACACGAGCAGAUGCUGAAAGAAAGCCUAAGGUGUUAAGGGUUCACAGACUUUAAAAAGAUAUUUGACAAAUUAAGUAUGGCGAGAAGGUGGCUUGGUUGACUUUUAGCAUUUGAUUUGUGAUCUAACGUCUGGUUUGUGAUGAUAGUAUUGGAGAGUUAUCAAUUGAGAGAUUUGUUGUCAUUUUCAGAGCAUCUUAACUUGCGUGAGGUGCUACAUAUUACUAUAAACAUAGAAAUAGUUAACACAGUUCCUCGGCCUUGCCCUCUGAAUGAACCUCAACAUGUCAAGACAACGGUCCACGUUCCCCAUUCCGAUAUUAAUUGUACGUAUUGCAAGAUUCCCGACUGAUGCCAGCACUAUUACAGCAUUGUUGCUAAUUAAAUUGGCGUGGUUAUUUUGUGCCCGUCUUUCAUUUAUUUUUUUACUGUUACCUCAUUACUCAACAUAUUUCAGCUUAUUGUCAAGAGGCCAGCCAUGGUCAGUCAAUUAAUUCUAGGUAUACAAACUAUUGGGUUGCAUUUCAGUUGCACAGUGUUUCAGUGUAUUAUGGUGCCAUGAAGAGUAUCAUUGUAGCCCAGAGCGAUGGAUAAGCCUUCCUCCAGCUCUGUGACAAAGGCGGCUGUGAGGUCGUGCCCGAGGCCAGGACUAUCAGAGCUAUCAGUCCUGCAGAGAAAGAGCAUAACAACAGGCCCUGUCAAAUAAUGGUGUCAACACUGGGAUUGUUGAGCUUCAUUUGUGCAAGGAAUGUCCCUGGUUUAAUGGUGACACCACGCUGUCUAUUGACUCAAUAUGGGUCAGAUUUUACCCUGUUGUUGAUUCUGUUCCGUUCUCUGAGCAUGUUUUGCCGUCGACUAGUGUAUGGUAGUUUUAUUCUGUACGUUGAUUUGAAACAUUUCCCAUUCCUCAAACUUUAAGAUGUCACAGAGGUCGGUUGUUAAGGAUAGUUGGCCUAAAGACAUAGAUGUGGGAGGUGACAUGGUAACUCGUGUUUUACUGAUGCUUUUCUUGCCUCCCACUUAGACCUGUGUUGUAUUUUUAUUAAGUUUGGUUGUAGCUCAGUCUUCGAUAUGAAGUAGUAGGAAUAAUCCUGAAAGUCUGGCAGUGAUUGUGUAAGAUUUAAGGCCUAUUGUCCCUGAGCUCAACUUACAAAUGGUCUCUUCAAUUGCUUCUUAGUGAUCUGCAGUUAUGAUGGGCAGACACCACUGCAUCUUUUGCUUUUUAAACAUGGCUUUUGUUCACAUGCACUUAAUGGUUUUGAGCAAUAAGAUCUAUGUUGAGAGAAGAGGUAAAUGCGGCCAUGCUUCUGUGAAGGAGUAUUUCUGGAUAGCGAGUUGCCUUCUGAACUCUCAGAAUGUCCGUUAUUAUUUAGCCCCCUCUGCCAUGCCUUACCCUCUGAGUUUCAGUGCUUCCUUUACCUGACGGGCUGGAUAAAAUGAUUUCUUUUCUCCCCUCUUCUUCUCUAGUCGGUGUAUUGCUUCCACCGCCACGCCACAUCCCCCUCCCUCUCUCUUAACGGUAAAUGUUAAGAUCCAGGAGUGGAUCAAUGGCUGUUAUCCUUUGAUGUGCUAGAACACAUUACGAGCGGUGAGUUCUAAUUGGAGCAGAGAGCUGAGGAUCAAUGUUGGCUGUAAUUGCCUGACACAGGGAUAGGUGUGAGACUUUAUUAUCAUUAAUAUUUAGACAUGAUGUGGGAGGAACCAGCCAAGGCUAAAUGUACAACGGCGGUGUGAGCCUUUGAUCUCGGCAGAUAAGCAGAUCGAUUGGGGGGUUGGUGGGGGGGGGGGCUGAAGGAAAAGAGGUCGCGGAAGUGUGGCGAGCUGGACGGACGAAUUAGCGAGGCUCUCAUCCUGGAUUUUAUUGGAUUUCUUGGGGAAGUUUCCCUUCGGCUCGGGAAAGGUCACGCUAGGCCUCAGACCUCCCCAUAGCUAAAAUAACAACCUGGUAUCUGGUCAGCGUCAAGGGAGGAAAGAGGGCAAGUGGGUUUGAUUUCAACUUUGGUCACAAAUUGGAGACAACCAUUUUAUUUACACAAUGGACACCAUUAGGCAUUCAUUAAUUCAGUAGUUACUGAAAGAGCAAAAAGUUCCAAAUUAACCAUGCCCUUGUUUUGGCGUUUUUGUAACCCUCACAUGGUUUAGUUUUUCUCCAAGAAUCUCAGUUGUUUAGGGAUGGUUUGAGAUUUAGUAGUGAGAAGAAGGAAGGAUGAAUAGAUAUUUAGUGUUUGUCUUUUUGACAGGGUCCAUUGUUUGGGAGACGUAACAGAAUAUGACGACGGAAGGGGCCCUACGGGGCUCAGGGCUGCUUCCUUGGUGUCAGCAAACACAAGAUGCUGUUACCUAAUCUUACUGGUAAAGGAGUGGGACUGUCUCGUGGAACACUCCCUGUCUAGCAGCGUGACCAGAGGGGGCAGGGACCAUCUAUCCCCUGUGUCCGUGGAGGCUAAGUGCACGCUGACACUGUGCGGCUGUGAUGUAUACGCUCAAUUCUGUCUCCUCUGUUUUUGUCACCGGGCUCCCCAGGGACUGAUACCUUAAUCAUUGUACUUAGCGGGACAAAGAUGGGUAACCGGUCGCACAAUAACAGGUGUGUUAGUUUUCAUGGCUGUGACCUGCUGCCUGAUGUCGGACAGAAGGAUAAGCCCGGCAGGAUCCAGGUCAGCAGGGACAACGAUCCGGAGAAGAGAUUAAGUGAGGGGGUGAUGUGUUUUAAAAUGACACAGACUUGACAGUUCUCCACAGAAGUCCACCAAUCAAUUACUCAGAGAACCAGUUCUCCAGGUUGCACCUUUUAUAUGAGAACUUGAGCUUGAAUCGCUUUACAGUUGCAAAGAGACAAUUACAGGUAAAGACAUAAAAGAGAGCAACAAAGGGUCCUCUGUGUUCAUUCAGUGCAUAUCAGAAAUGACAUGAAAACAUUUACCAUUGCAUUAUGAGCCAUUGUGUUUGAAAGACUGUGUUUUAAUCACAUUUAUUGUUUAUUGUUUAUUUGGAUCCCCAUUAGUUGUUGCCUUGUCAAUGACUACUGUUGGCGUCAACUACUCUUCCUGGGGUUCAUGUAAAACAUAUAGUCUAUGAUUAUACUCUAAUGCUGUGUACAGUACAUGCAGUAAAUAAUACAGUGUGUUUUUGAGAGCUGCAUUAUUGAUGAAAAACAAGGAAUACAAGGCCAAAAUUUCCUUGGAUUAGAUUUUAAGUAAUGCACGCAAUUGCUGAUUAUGUAACAAACGUAGUAGCAGAUUACCACUUUUCUCUUCUACACAUCUUUUCAUUACUGCUUUUUCAUUUUUUAAAUGCAAACCUACAGAUGUUGAGCAGUAUUACCGAUGAGUCCGCUUUGUCUUUACAUUCAUUGCUUUUCAUUCAAGUGUGCAUCCCUAACAGUACAUUGUGCAGAGGCUAGUACCAUUGUGGAAAUCCUCAGGGUUGUGCAACAAAUGGCCCAUUAUGUAACAUUUGUAUCACUACACCAGCUUCAGCAGUGUUAACACAUAUAUGUAUCUAUUGUGUUUGGUUCUGCAAAUGUGCACAAAGCCUGCACUGUCGAUGAACCUACUGUAGUAACCAAAGACGAGGAGGUUCGCUCAAUUACGACUUCAAAAUAUACGCUUAAAUAAUAAACGUGGUAAGCAAAACACGCAUAUCUUGGCAGAAAAGAGCGGACAUUUGCCAUGUAGAACUUUGCUUUUCAUCAAUACUAAAAGCCAGCGUUCUUUUCUCUUUGAAUACGUGCUCUACGGCCAGCUUAGGUGUUUUUACCGUCACAGCUCCGUGUUUCCAAUGUGCCCGACAUUUUCAAAGUUCUUGUUUAGCCUCAUGUAAGAGGCUCGUCUUUCGACGGUUAAUGUUAGCUCAGUAUGCUCAGUACUUGGUAUGCUCUCUUGUGUGCCCGAAUGUGUGCGUGAAUCUAUCUGAAGUGUGCUGUGUGUGUGUGUGCAUGCUCGCAUUUGUCUUUAUAUCUGCUGUGUGUGCGUGUGUGCACACGCCUGAGCGCAUGUGAAUGAGGGAGUGAGAUAAGAAGGAGAUGAAGAGUCGUUCAGAGGAGCUUUCUCACUCAGAGGCGUCUCCAUCUGUUCGCCCGGGCCUAAUUGUUCCUGGGUGCAAAGACUGGGGGGAAAAAAGAGAGGAAAGCAACUGUACUCAUCCCCUAUCCCUAAGUUAUUUCUGUAACAUUAAAAAAGCACCACCAGCAUGCUCCAGAUUAUUGCCAUGUAAAUAAUGGCACUUGGCUCGAUUCCCUGCUAAUGAAUGUCAUUUACUUUUCCAAACGAGGAUUAAUUAUCGACCGAGGACCUCUCUGUCCUCCCACAGGGAGCACGUCGCAAUUAGCUGCUAAAAGAUGGCUGCUACUAUUUGUGUUUUUUUUUUUUUUUUUUCUUCUUUUAAAUGUGUCUAUAUGUACGUAAGUGUGCAUAUGUUCCUGCGACAUGGUGAAUAACCUCCCAAUUAACUGUCUGUGGUGCUGCAGAGAGAUAUCCAGCAGGGGAAACGAAGCAGUUUAAUGUCCUUGCCUCGAUCGGAUACAAGGUUUUUGGUUGGAUGUCGGUGUUGGACACAUUGUUGUUGUGAAACUAGAGAAACUAAAGAGAGUUGUGCUGAUUUGGAGCCAGCCUCCUGGUUGCAAAAUAAGGCCAGGAAAACAAACACGGGCCUCAAAUUAGAUUUCCCAAAACAUUGCAUUCCCUCUCAUUUUACACACCGCUGUGGCCUGCAGACCAGAAUAGAAUAACUUAUGAAAUCCACUUCAGAUUGAGAACGGCGCUGUCACUGGAUCAAUCGGAUGACCCCCAUCAGAAGAGUCUAAGAGUCUUACAUGAUUUACAUACUUUAGGCAUGUUGCUAUUAAAAAACGACUUUUCCCCAUUACUCUCGCUCUUUAACGCUCACGUCAAAUCCACCCGUCUCUCCUCACUCCUUCCCUCCCACUCUCGUCCUUUUUUCACCUCCGUCAAAUUGGCUCUCCUUGCGUGGGCCAUGUGAGCUGAUACACUUAGCCCAAAUGAAGGAGCCGAUGGGGAUAAGGGUUAUUUCUGUCGACGGAGGCACCGUUUGAGGUGUGGACCCCCUCCCGAGAACCUGGGACUUUGAUAAUGCUCCAGAACUGAAAGGGUUAAGUUCAAGAAGACCCCAAUUUCUGAAGGAGGAACAUAAAAAGAUCCGUCCUGCCGGGUUUAAACAUUUUCAGUACAUAUGUGCAUUUUCAGUUUAGUUUUAUUUGUUUUUUUAUUUCAAGUUGUCAAGUAGCUUUUGACCA